AUGCUGAAAAACAAUUCUGACAGCUGCCAUAACCUAAAAGGUGUUUGUAUUUUAUCGAACCUGGAUAGUUUUAUUCAAUUUUCUGGAAAAGUCCGAUUUAAAAUGAAACUUGGUGUUGUGGAGUGUCGUCGCGUGUGUACUACUUCCUUUCUGGCACCCAGCUAAUCGUCCAAAAUGCAUCGCAGGCGUAAAAUGCGCCAAGUGUGCGUCGUGCCAUUGAACUCGAAUAGAGUGUAAAAAAACUCUGGAAAACCGUUUUUUCCUGCGAUGGCCCUACCAAGUUGGAUGCUCCGCACGCAACUAAUGGGUACCCAGGGCCGUAGGCUAAAUUUUAGGCCAAGUAACAGAAAUAGGGAAGAGGAUCUAUUUGAGUCGUACCUAAAGCAAGAUUCUCAUGAAUGCUUUAGAAAUAUAUUAAGUAAGAUUUUUGAACAAGAAAUCGAAGAAAAAGCUCUUCUUAGUAAUUUAAAUACUUUUGUAAAGCUCGUACGUCAUUAUGAGAAGAAUUCUAUUGAAAUAAAUUUUAGCAGAAAGGAUAUUUUAUGUUGUUUAAGAAUAUCUUUAUUACACGAAUCUACUAUAAUAAGAUCUGCAGGUCUAAGAUGUAUACGACAUACUAUUAAGGUUGAAAGUGAUGUUAUAUAUGUAAAUAAAAUUCUAAUUCCAUUUCUUAUAAACAGGUCACUUGAUUUGAUACAAAAAAAUGAUGUGGAGCGUAUAGAAGCAAUGAAACUGAUGAGAAAAUUACUGUCAUUAGCUCCAAAUAUUUUUGAUAUGUCGAUGGCCAGAAGUUUAGUGUCGCUUGCUAAUGAAGGCACAGAGGGAAAAGAUCGUCUGUUAAGGAUAAGUUUGGCAACUCUUUCUGAAAUAGGCUUACUAAAUUCAUCUCUUUUUAUCGAGUCCGGUGGUGUGGCAGCUAUAACUCGCAAUUUAAUAGACUGCCAAAUACCGAAAAUAGCCGAGUCUCUCUGUGGUAUCCUGUUGUUGCUCUUAGAUCGACCGAGUACUCGCAAAAAAGCAGCGGUAGAUUUGCACAGUAUAGCAGCACCGUUUUGCGACUUCCAUUACAAGCAUGGUUGGAAAGACAAACCCAGGAGAGAUGAAAGGGAACUUAGGUUGAAUUGUAGCAGGUUGGCUUUAUUGACGAUUUUAAGAAGCUGGCCUGGAGUGCUGCAUUUUUGUAGUCCCAAAGAUCAAGGCGGUUUUAAAGCCAUCGUGGAUGUGUUGUAUUUAAAUCAGCUUGAAGUUAGAAAAGCAGUGUUGGAUCUAUUAUACGAUCUCCUGGGCUUACAACAACCAGAAUGGUCAGACGAACUAUCCGUAGCCCUUAGCGCUAUCGAUCCCUGCGAACCCCAGUCAUCCUGGCGACUGAAAGAAGGCUUCGUGGCGGCCGAGGGCCGCGCAGUGUUGCCGCAUUUAGCCGGAACAGCUCCGUCUCCUAUCGAAAUGCAUUUAGCUCUACUGCUGCAUUCCUUUUUAGAGUGCGGCCUCCUAGGGGCUCUGACCGAAGUUAUUAUCACUAGUGAUACAUUUAUCAGUGUCAGAGCUACUAUAUUGUUAGCGGAACUGUUAAGAUUGAUUCAAGUAUUGUUGCCACCGGGAUGUUGUAAUCUAUCGCCUCCUCUUCCUGCUUUGGUGGAUUAUGCUACAAAGAGCAAGCCUCAAGCGAUGGCGGCUAUAACGGCUUUGCAACAGUUGCAUAAACUAAUGAAGAAAAGACCAGCGUCUUAUAGUCUUCAUCUGGAUUAUAUAAUAAGAAAUAGUUCUAACAAAAGGUCAAGACUUAAACAAGAAAGAAGUUUGAGACAUAAAGGGUUUAAGUCCAAGCUACAUCAAGUUAAGGCUGUUUUAAAAGACGGCGACGAUAUGGUGAAAGACACAGGCGUUCUAUCAACUAACGAUGCCUUAGCCUGGAACUGGAACCUUAUAAAGAUGAUAUUGAAGGGCGAGAGAAAUCCAAAAUUAGAUCUGUCAGAUUCUUCCCACAAGAUUUUCGUGAAGAGACUGUUAGAUUUCUUCACUCCUUCUCAUAACAAAUAUUCUCACAUGGACCUAGGAACAACGCCUGCGGAUUCUUUGGAUUUAACCACUAGCGGAAUUGAAUUGGUGAAUUAUUUGGUGGAACUUAAACAGCCUGAAUUCCAGUGCAUGGUUCUGGACCUGUUCAAAGACAUCAAAACGCAAAUUCAAGCCAUAACCAGCAGCAGAAGCGUUCACGACUGCCUGUUCAGUCCUGCUCACAUGGUGAACACUCAUUGUCAGAGUUAUUUCCUCUUGAUUGGUCAAUUUUCCAGAAGCGAACCUGGCUUGUGGUUGCUCGACACCAUCGACAUGUUUUCUAUGUUAAAGCAACUUGCAACAACAACUCUUCACGAUUCCUACGUCAAAUUGAUAAUAUCCAGCCUGGAUUAUAGUAUACCGGGACCGUCUAGGGAUAUCCUCGAAGCGGUACUUACCUGUGAAGUGGAAAAUUCUCGAUUGUACGCGACCCAGUUCAUGUUAGUUUUGCUCAGAGUGAAAAGUCCCAACUUUGCUAGUUGGGCUAUAAGGCUGUUGGUCAGACAGCUGGAUGAUGAAUCAAGAAAAGUCAGUUUAUCUGCUUUAUCCACUCUCCACGAAGCCUGCGAGCUUCCUGAUUGCCUAGAAGCUUUAACAGACCUAAAUCCAAACCUGAGCGACUUAGGAGAAAAGGGUGAACUCCUUUCUAUCAGAAUGUUGUCCACCGAGAAAGGGUACAAAAAAGUAGGAAAAGAUAAGGUUCUAGAAUUAAUAACGAAAUGGAAUACCUACAUGAACUUCAGGUAUGUCAAGUUAGUUGAGGGAGAUAUAUCUGAUUCUCUCACUUUGCAUCAGAGGAACGAGGAUGGGAAAUAUGAUAGACGCGUGUCUGGAGCGACGGGUAGUAGAACAAACAGGAAAGAUAUAUUUUUACCUCCCCAUCUUUACGGACAGCUGAAUGAGCAUUCUGAAGGUUUUCAGUUACUCAUAGCCACUGGUUCCAUUAACAGCAUGAUUGAGCUAAUUCAAAAAGGAAAUUCAAAUACAGAAGACGAAAUACUAAAACUAAAAUCAGCAAUUUGGGCUACCAGUCACAUGAGCACCACAAGUCGCGGUAUAAGUGUCUUGAAUACCUUGGGUUUCGUGGAGAAUAUGAUAAAGUUGGUCACCAGCAACCCUGUCUACGCUAUUCGAAGCACUGCUUUUUACGCUCUAGGUCUAGUGGCAACGACACCUGGUGGUGCUGACGAGUUGUAUUUGAAUGGUUGGCUAGCCACGCGUCACAAUAGGCACGAUCGAUGGCCGGUGAUUCAGGAAGAGCUGAUAGACGCUUAUUUCAUGUCGUGUUUCGCCGCUUCUUUGGGAGGCCGAGGUAACAAUACUACUCUAGGAAGCGACAACUUCGAGUCGCAAGACGACGACAUAACAUUGAGCGAAGGAGACGAAAAACUGAUCGAAUACCCGACCUCACCUUCCACCAUUCCAGAUGUCCGCAAAUUGAAACAGUGGACGUUGCCGGCUAAUCGGACCCCGCCAGAAGUGUUCCAUAAACGGUCUAUGUCGGAAUCCAAGACGUUCGACACGAGCAACGGCAUAGAAGACCACAGGUAUGGUCCGUACGAGCACGUCAUCGGUAGACAGAGAAACAGUUCCAUGACCGAAAGUACUACCUCCGGUGUUAGUUCCUGCGAUUCGUUACAAAAUAGGCAAGGGGGAGGAGCCAACUAUUUGCAAACUCUGAGCCCCAUACCUAGUUCAACUAGUUUAAGUGUACUCAAACUACCUCCGCAAACAAAAAGACAUUCUCACAGGGUCUCCUCCAACAGUGCUGGUUCGGAGGCUUCGACUUCCUCUCUGACAGGCAGUACCUCUAAUGAACUCAGCGUUCAAAACAUGCUGGGUUAUCAAACUAUAAGGUACAUUAGACGGAGAGAUUCGCUCAACUUUCAUAGAACUGAGAGAGAUGAUUAUUUGUUCAGACCUCCACCACAAACGAGCCGAAAAUCACUCACAGAAAGCGUGUACAACGCGGAACCGAGCACCACGGUACACUUUUCCAGUUUUCAAACUCAGAAAUUCGAACCCGUUUACGAACCUUCCAGGAACUACAAGCCCAGAGACGCGGUCUACAUGGGCAUAUGCUUGCCCAAAACCGUAGCAGAUAUUUAUCCGCCAGAAGUAGAGAUAAAUUACGUGAGGCCGAUUAUUUUUGAUGAUGAGCGGAACUUGAACGCUGCGAUGGAUUCGAAACUUUCUGAGAAGGAGGCGAAAAACUCUCUGAGGGUGUGGCAACAUUGCAAGGAAAGCUGUCUGCAUUGUAGUCAGUUACAGCUAAGUCCGAUGGUGUUGGAUUUCGGAAAUGAUGCGCUCAAAACAGACGUGCUGAAAAUUUCGGAACGCCUCUCCAACCCAGUCCUGAGCAAACUCUACAAGAACCAGCUGGUACGACUCAAGCAAAAGGACACAAAACCGUUCAAAGACGUUUGCGUGUACUCGGAAGUGUGUAAACUCUUUUCCGAGACCAGUUAUUCCCUCGUCACGCGCCGAAUCUUGCACGAACUCUUUUUGGAGGUGAACUACGAAAAACUGUUGGAUAUACCGCAGAAAAUCCUGGGGAUGGACCCGAAACAACGUGCUACGGGGGGUAGAAAAAGCACCGGGGAUAUAGUAGUGAGUCCUACGGAGUUUAAAACUGUGGAUUCGCUGAAACUCAUUUGCUCGGAGAAUAAGUUUCCGAUAAGGACUCGGAAAAAUACCAACUGAGUUUAGUGUGCUAAGUUUUCAAGGUAUUUCUUCUUAAAAAGGUCUGAUUAGUGUUGAUGUGAUGGGUAUGCAACUAACAACACUUUCAGUCCUAAUAAUAUUAUGUUCUUUCUGUAUUUUACGUUUUAAUUUCAACCUUAAACAUAGUAAAUAAAGUAGAGAAUGAUGUGGUACCAAUCUGGAAUCUUAUCUUUACAUAAAACUUUAUGUUAGUGUGGAGGCUAGACCCAUUGCUAUAUGAAUUAUUGGAAUCCGGAGUUUAACCAUAGUUUUUUUAUUGCAAAUAAUUAAUCUUCAUACAAUUUUAUGACAACCCGUAUUUUUUUAUUUGACUUCAAUUUCAUCCCAUUUUUUUUUAAAUUAAUCAAUAUUAAGAAUUUCAAAUUUACACUUUUGCAAUCUCUGACGUCACCUAUCAAAAGUGUCACGGUUUGCCGUUAAAAUGAUCUUCACAGCAAAAUCUCGUACUUUGCUGACAUAUUUUUGUCUUGCCGGUUCAAACCAGGCUCUUCGACGGCUUUCAUCCAAAGGAACAGUUAUAAAACCUUUUUCUGGAGGGCCUUCAGAGUUAUUUAGAUAGCCCUUCACAAAACAAACUUUAACACCCUUCAUUACAAAAAUAAUAAAGAGAGUACAAUAGAACAAAAUUGAAACUCAAAGUAUUUUAUUGCGCCACACGCAAAAUCCACAAAAUCCAAAUCUAACCUCGAACCCCCGAACGCCUCGAACAUCCGAACAACUUUGGUAGUGUUUAGUGCUUCGAUAAAAAUGGCAGUAACCUGUUAAUUAUAAAAAUUUAAGUUUUAAUUUCUAGUAAUAAAAAAUAUAAAAGUAAAUUUAAUAUUGGUGUAAUAAGGAAUAAUCCCACAUAAAAACGUAUUUUUUAACGAUCUUAAUAAAAAUAGAAAAAUCUAACGUGAUUUUAAGAUACGGUAGCAGAGAACUAGACACGCCAUAAUAUUAUUCUUCAGAGGCUCGCGCCCUCUGCCAACUAUUCAGUCAAAUGCUGAUAGGUGACGUCACAAUUUUCUACGCGUCAUUUGAAACCAGUGAAAUUCGUAUUGAAUUUGAUUUAUUAUUUAUUCCUUAUUGUAACUUCGUUGCAUUUCUUUUUGUAUUGAGGGAAUACUUUUUAAUCACUUCAUUUGAAUUUUAUAUUAAAAAUAACAAAAAUUUACUAUGGUUAAACACCGGAUUAUUGAAAUACUUCGAGUAUAUCAGUUUUGUCCUCUGCGAAAAAGAAAAAACAGAGACGUUAAAUAUCACUUUGAAUUUGUUUUUUACAGAGAAAAAAGUUAUAGAUUUGUCAUAAUUACGCAACACAGAAACUUAACAAAAUUCUUUUAGUAAUUCCAUUUAUACACUAAGAUGCAAAAAAAUUGCAACGGAAAUUUUUUUAUUUUUAUGGGAAAACAUAACAAUAUAUUUGCAGCCUCAUUAACAGUAUGAACCGACGUCUACAGACAGGGGAGGCAAUACAAAGUAUUAAGAGUAUUUUUUACAAGUUUUUUGUUUAUUUGUACAAUUAGUUAUUACAGUUAUUUUUUUU